UCAGCCUCAAAUUCAGUUCCUUUUCGGGCCGGUAGCGGCCCCGGAAGCUGUGAGAAGUUCCCCGGCGCUCGGGAUCCUCGCUGAUGUUCCGGAAGAUGAGGGCGGCUUUCGGUCCUCGGGCGGCCGCGCCGCGCCGCCUCGAGAGUCUCUUUCCUCCUCGGUGCUUCGCAGGGAUCCUCUCGGUGGCCCUGGUGCUCCUGUUACCCUCACUGACCGAUGCUGACUGUGAUGACCCACCGAGGUAUGAAUCUAUGAAACCCAAGGGUGGACAGCCUUCACCCCCUUAUAAUCAUGGGUACCAAAUAGAAUAUGAGUGUCGCCUAGGAUACAGGCGUAUUCCUCCUUUUCAUCCCCUCUCUGCUGUUUGUCAUCCUAAUAACACAUGGACAACUCUCCGGGAGGCUUGUACAAGAAGAUUAUGUCCACAACUAGGAGAGCCCCAAAAUGGUCGCUUCAGUGGAUCUUUUGAAUUUGGUUCAGAGCUUCACUAUACUUGUGACCAGGGUUAUUACCUACUUGGGCCAGACACUAUAUCUUGUGUCAUUGCUGGAGAUGGAAAUAGUGUGGAGUGGAGUGCUGACCCCCCGAACUGUGAAAAGAUUUUGUGUAAACCACCUAAAAAAAUACAAAAUGGACAAUACAGCUAUAGCCACAAGGAAGUGUUUGAAUAUAAUGAGGUAGUAGUUUAUAGCUGUAUUCGUUCAGGUGGACCAGAUGAAUUCUCACUUAUUGGAAACAGUGAGCUGUUUUGUACUGGGCAUGACAAAUGGAGCAGUGACCCUCCUGAGUGUAAAGUGGUCAGAUGUCCAAAUCCAGUACCCAAAGAUGGAUACAUGGCGUCAGGAUUUGACAAAAAAUAUUCCUACAAAGCACAGGUUGUACUUGCAUGCAAUAAGGGUUUUUCCCUUGAAGGCAGCAGCGUAGUUGUCUGUGAAGCUAAUAGUACUUGGGAGCCUAAGACGCCAACCUGUGUUAAAGUGUUGACUCCUUCUCCCAGUACCAAACUUCCGAGUUUGACUCAUUCAGUGUCACCUCCCAGCACAGAACUUCCAAUUUCCAGUGUCUCAGGUGUCAAGCCUAUUCAUCCAACCAAGCCUCCAGUUACAUUUAGUCCAGGAGGUCCCCCUCCCAGUGAUGAGACACCAUCUGGAAAACUAGGUCCUGGACCCAUUGCCGCAAUUAGUAUUGUUGUUGUAGGUGUUUUGGUGGCAGUUUUGGUCGGUGCCCUGUUCUAUCACAAGAAGAAGAAGAAAGGGAAAUCGGAGCUUCCUGCUCAGUACAGCCCAGGCUGGAGUAAAUCAAGCACUCCGGCAGAGCCAGCACUCUGAGUGGCUUUCAAAAGCUGCUGCCGCACCUUUUUUUUUAAUUUUGUUAAAAUGUCAAGAUCUACAUUAAAUUUGUAUGGCUACUCUGCAAAACAGGAUGGAGGCCCUGAAAAAUUAAAAAUAGAGCCCCCCCUGUGAUCCAGCAGUUCCACUUAGGGGCUACAUAAGUGAAAUUGCUAUGUGGAAGAGAUAUCUCCCCCUCCCUGUUUAUUGCAGCCCCAUUUACAGGAACCAGGACAUUGGAACAACCCUGUGGUCAUCGGUGGAUCAGUGGCGAAGGAAAGUGUAUACAUGUACAGUGAAAUAUUAGUCAUGAAAUGUCAAGAAAAUCCUGACCUUUGCAAAACAUGAAUUGACUCAGAGCAUUUUGAUACUAAGUUAUAUAUAGACACUUAUAUGUAGGCUCUAUAAAAAAUGUAAAAAAAGAUUUGUGGGUGUUAGAGGCGGGUGGUGGGGUGAGGGAAUUGGAUGAAGGUGGUCAAAAGCUACAAACUUAACAGUUAAAAGCAUGUAUUGGGAUGUAUUGCACAGCACCGUGAUUAUAACUAGUAAAACUAUUGCAUGUUGGCAAGUUUCUAAAAGAAUCGAUCUUAAAAUAUCUAAUCAGAAGAAAAAAUAAUGUAGCUGUGUGACUUGAAGGAUGUUAACUAAAAUUAUUAUGCUCAUCA